UCGAUGUUUCAGUAUCGAUGACCGGAUCGUAAUUUUUCCUAAUAUAAUAUUUUUAACAAAGUAAGCGUGGAUUGUUCGGUAUUAAUCCGCUCUUCGUGUGUCGUUCCUAUCUUUCUGUGCGUCCUAAUCCCCUCCAGCUAGUUGGCGCUGCUCGCGAUGGUGUCCAAGAACCAAUUCCAGCAGAACCGGGCCAUGCAGCCGCAGCAGUACCCCCAGCAGCAACAACAGUAUCAGCAGUACCCGCAACAGCAGCAGCAGCAGCAAAAUCCCCAUCCGCAGCAGCGCAAUAACCAGAACAACAACAACAAUAAUAAUAACAAUAAUCCCCGUGCAGCUGCAGCUCCGUAUAGGAAACCAUUCCGUCCGGGCAACAACAAUGGCUCCGGACCCGGUGGAAAUGAAUAUGGAAACGGGAAUGGGAAUGGAAACGGGAACGGGAAUAGUAACAGUGGCAAUGGCAACAGCCAGAUGAUGUUCUCCUCCAGCCAAAUGCCCAGUGAUCCCCUGUACAUAGACUUCAACAGUCCAGCACCGGGAAACAACCAAAAUCAAGGCGACGGUCUGAAGAAGAAGCCUCUGAAGGGCAUCAAACAGCAACAGCAGCAGCAUCCCAAUCCCAACCAGCAGCAGGGCAGGAUGAACAACCAGAACAACAAGCAGAUGAACCAGCAGCAGCCUUUCAAUAACCAGAUGAACGGAGGCGACUGGCAGCGCUUUCCGGGCAACAAUCCCAACCAGAAUCGCGGAGGCUUUAAUGGGUUCCAACGCGGACCCCCACCGAAUCGGCCGCCUGGACGCCACAUGAUGGGUCCGCCAAUGGGCCCCAUGGGACCCGGACCACGAGGCCCCGGACCCAUGGGCCCUUACCCGCAGAUGCCUUUCCAACCGCCAAUGCCCGGGAUGCGUGGACCACAUCCGAUGCCGCCCAUGGGUGGGCCCCCGCCGCCUCCACCGCCGCACUUUAUGCGUCGCAACGGGCCCGGUCCGGGUCCCAUGAUGGGUGGCCCACCGCCCAUGCAUAUGAUGGGUCCGCGGAUGCCGCCGCGUGGCAUGCCACCGGGUGGUCCCUUCGGGCCAAUGAACAUGAACGGCGGCCGGAUCACGAAGCCCAAUCCCAAGCUGAUCAAGCAGGCGGUCAAGGGGAAGAGCAGCAUCAAGACGCUGAAGAACCUGAUCAACCAGUACCCCAUCGACAAGCCCUGGGUCACGGACGAGAUACGCGCCGAGCACGCCAAGAAGGUGGACAUCGAGGACCGGCUGAAGGGACACAAGGACGACGAGCUCUUUGCCCAGUACAAGGGGCAGCGAGACAAGUUCGUGGGCCUCUACGAGGCAGCGCGGGAGGAGUAUCUCAAGCAGGAGGCUGCUAGCGUCAAGGCCAAGGAUGCCAAGUCAGACAAAGACAAAAACGCAAAUUCAGAUCAGAGCGCCGCCCCUAAGGCCGGAAGCGCUGAAGAUGCAACAAUUCCAAAUCCCUAGGCAGCCAAUGCAACCGAAACCGAAUACCGAAUCAAAUCGAAUCGAACCGAAUCAAGAUCAGGUCGACUCACAGAACAGAAAGUAAAACUAAAACUAAAAUUAAAACGUAAAACAUAAAACAUAAAGAGCAGUUCAGAACUAAUAGUAAAGAAAAAAGAGAGAUAAGCGAGCAAGAGCAAGAGUCUGACAAUUGAAGACGUAUAGAACUCAAGACCCCGACUCGAUAUCGGAUAUAUACACCGGAUAUAUCCUCCCGAGGAGGUGCCAUUGUCACACGUUGCUUUUGCGACUGAGAACUGAGCUUAAUUACGAUAAUAUUGAAACAAAGAAAAACUAAAAAACAACCCCAGCGAUGAUCAUGUGGGAGAAAUUCUAAAGACAAAGAUUAUGAUAAUGAAUAUCGCAUAACGAUUCACCAUUUUAACGAUGAUUGUUAAUUGUGACCGUAACGUAACGUAGAGUAUUGAAUUGUAACCGUAACGUAACAGUUUCCCUAUUGAAAACAAACAACCUUUUCUUCAAUUCUAAGCUGCAGCAAUAUCAAUUAUUUGUACACAUAAUUAUACACCCUUAGCUACAUAUAUAUGCAUAUAUAUUGAUUAUAUAUAAUUAAUAUUUAAUAUUCACUGCCCGGUUGCUUGGGACGCAGCAUUAUGGAUCAGAGAGACCGGACUCCAAGCAGCCGGGCAAAAAUCACUCUGUAAGCCUUGGAUUACACCACUUGAUUGUAUUUUUAAAUUAAUUCUUAAAAACUACAAAUUAAGAUCACUCUGUGAACGUGUUCUCGAUGGUGUGCAUCUACGGAUUUGUUUUUGUGUUCUUUUUUCCUGAAACCCGUGCCCGUGCCCCUGACCCCUGACCCCUGACCCCUACCCUGUUCCCUUUUCUCCCUACCAAUAGUAGAUUUGUAAUGCUCUAGAUCUUGUGGACCUAUUUCCACCUGACAAGUAACCUUAAAGUAGCCACUAAUAGCGAAAAAGUAGCAAGUAAUUGUAGGACCCAUUAUAGCCCCAACUUAAAACCAGUUAACACCAAUCCCUCGAUAAGUAAUAAUUUCCUGGCUUUAAAACUGAGAGAAAAAAGGAAAGGCACAAAUAAUUCUUCUCUGGUUAAAUUUAGCGUUCACAUUAAACACAUUAAGAGCCUUUGAUAUAGCACCAAUUUGCAUACAAACCAAUCAGUUAACAGCAAUCCCCAAUAAGCAAUAACUUAACUGGCUUUAACGUCAGAGGAGUAACAAAUAAUUAUAAGGCACAAUUUAGCAACCAUAGGUCAAGGUUAGUACUCGCAUUAAUCGUGGUAAUACCCAAUUGGCUUUAAAGUAGAAUUCACGUAAUCAGUGGGGAGAAACUUAACCCUCAGGUAGUUAAAAAACAAAAUGGUAAAUAGGGAUAUUAAGACUAAAUAUUUUAGCAAACGCCACUUUGACCUUGCUUGUCAGGUGAUUUUGGGCCCAACUGUUAGUUGAUACCUAAUGAAAACUCCAACAUCCCCCCAAGCCCCCUCAAGAAUGAAGAAUACUGCAGAAUAAAGAGAGAUUUCCAACAAAAACAAAAUUA